CGGAGACGCCAUGGGGUCUUCUAAAAAACAUAAAGAGCGCGAUCGUGAUGUUUCAGCCGCAAGUGGAGCUGAUGAGCGUCACAGGGAGCACAAAAAGCAUAAGCACAAAGAACGAGAGCGUGAGAGACGCAAGAGGUCAAGGGAAAGAGACAGAGAAAGACCACGAGAGAGGGAAGGAAGGUCCAAGUCAAGCAAAGAAUUGGAAUCACGGAAGAUAAAGAAAGAGAAGCUGGACCCUGCUAUUGAGCAAACUAUUGCUCCCAAAUCUGCCGCUGGAGAUUCAUCAUUAACUAUUGAGGAGACCAAUAAACUUCGUGCUAAACUCGGUCUUAAACCUCUGGAAGUAAAUACAGUUAAAACCGAGAGCGGUACUAAAGAAGAUCCUGUCGCUGCUUCUGUCAUUAAUCCUAUUGCACUAAAACAACAACAGGAGCUUAGAGAGAAGUUAGCUGCUGCAAAAGAGAAGAGAUUGCUUAAUCAGAAAUUAGGGAAAAUCAAAUCUUUGGGAGAUGAUGAGUUGUGGUUAGAUGACACAGCUGCCUGGAUUGAAAGAACACGAAAGCUUCAGAUGGAAAAGGAAAUAGCCGAGAAAAGGGCAAAACUUCUUGCUGAGAUGGAUGAAGAGUUUGGCGUUUCUAAUCUUGUGGAAGAAGAAUUUGGUCAAAAGAAGCAUUACAACUCCCGUGAUCUUCAGGGACUCACUGUAGAACACAAAAUGAAUUCUUUCAAAGAAGGACAGACUGUCAUUCUCACUCUAAAAGAUAAAGGUGUCUUAGAUGAAGAUGAUUCUGAUGUCCUCGUUAAUGUAAACCUACUGGACAAAGAGAAGGCUGAGAAAAAUGUGGAAUUGAAGAAAAAGAGGCCCGAGUACAAACCAUAUGAUGAGGAGGAAAAUGUGGAGGACAUGGCAAUAUUCCGCCCUAAAUCAGUUCUCUCUAAGUAUGAUGAGGAGAUAGAGGGCGAAAAGAAAAAGUCAUUCCAACUGGAGUCUGGAGGAGCUGCUGAUGGGUCUUGGGAGAAGGAACUACAGAAUAUUCGGGAGACAUUACACAACCAAGCUCAAACGCUGGAACUGCCACAAUCAAAAAUUGCUUCUGAGUACUACACUUCUGAGGAGAUGGUUUCUUUCAAAAAAACAAAACGACGAGUAAAGAAGAUUCGUAAGAGAGAAAAGGUUGUUCGGGCUGAUGAUCUUCUGAGCAUGGCUUCUGAAAGCGCACCUACUGACUUUGGAUCAAGGUCAAGAGGGCGUGGGCGGAGGCGUGUAGAGGAUUCCGACGAGGAGAAUAUGAUGGAACGGAUGGCUGAAAUGCCACAGUCUGAUGAUAUUCGUGUGGAGAACAUGGUCAUGAGUGACGAGGAAAAUUAUGACUCUGCACCAAUUUUAGAAGAAGAUGAAUUGGAAAAUGAACUGCAAAAGCAACUGGACAAAAGCAGACGAUUAAAACAAAUUCAACAACAAAAAGACAGCAGUGACAAGAUUGCUACAUUGGUCAAGAGACUGGAGUCCCAAAAAAGUCACGACGAAGACGAUGACGACGAUAGGAAAGGUUCUAUUGUAUUCAAUUCAACCUCUGAAUUCUGCAGGACCCUUGGGGAAAUCCCAACAUAUGGACUUGCAGGAAACAGGGAGGAUCAGGAGGAUCUCAUGGACUUUGAAAAGGAUAAAGCAGACUCUGAGAAUGAGAAUGGAGAUUCUGAUGGGGAAGAGAACAUUGGCUGGAGCAUGGUGAACCUUGAUGAUGAGAAGGAUCAGCAGGAUUUUUCUGCCUCUUCCACCACCAUUUUGGAUGAAGAGCCCAUUGUGAACCGAGGUUUGGGUGCUGCACUACUUUUGCUUAAGAAUAAAGGAUUACUGGAGACAACUGUACAAAAAGUGGCUCGUGUAAAGGCUCUUAAUAAGCCCCUUCCAUCUGCUGUUUACUGUAUCGAGGAUAAAAUGGCAAUAGAUGAUAAAUACAGCAGAAGAGAAGAGUAUAGGGGGUUCACACAAGAUUUCAAAGAGAAGGAGGGAUAUAAACCUGAUGUCAAGAUUGAGUAUGUUGAUGAGACUGGACGCAAACUCUGUCCCAAAGAGGCCUUCAGGCAACUGUCUCAUCGUUUCCAUGGAAAGGGAUCUGGCAAGAUGAAAACAGAAAGGCGCAUGAAGAAGUUGGAUGAAGAAGCUCUCCUGAAGAAGAUGAGCUCAAGUGACACCCCAUUAGGGACUGUGGCUCUGCUGCAGGAGAAGCAAAAGGCCCAAAAGACUCCGUACAUUGUACUUAGUGGCAGUGGCAAGAGCAUGACCGCGAAUACACUGAUCAAGUAAGAAAGCUGCAAAUCCAGCCGCCACAAUAACAGAUACAAGGACGUUGCACCAUCUCAUGAGUAUUUUCUCUUUCCAUUUACAUCCAAAUCUCUUGUGCUGAGGAAAUGCUUUUUAUUUAUCUGCAAUUUACUUACUGGCCCUUUUACUGGAGAGAGGGAAAGAGAACGGCCUCUUAUAAUCCCUGCAAUACUUACAAUCCCUACAAUAUAAUCCCUACAAUCCAAUCCCUGCAAUACUUACAAUCGCAAGCCAUUCUAUUAGUCCUUCAUAAUCUUUUCCCGACUUCCCGGUGUAAUUGGCAGUUGCCGACAGAAGAAGAAAUCGGCCUAAAUUCAUUGAUUGGAUUUUUUUAAAAGGACAGAUGAGAUUUCUGUAUAAUUGGGGAGAGAUGAAACCCAGAAACGCUCCAAUUCUUUCUUUUCAAAAUACAACCUACCAACACAUAACAAAUGUCUAAUAAAAGAGGUUGAAUAAAAAUCAGCUUGAAACCUAUAUUUUCUCUGACCAGUUCCAUAUCUGUGUCUUAUAACUUCUAUUUUAUGCUUCCCUCCCCCCCCUCUGUGUUUAUAUUGACAGUUUGGAAUUUGUUCCUUUAUUUCCUGGACAAACUGCUUUUUUUUAUCUUUUUGUUAUUCCAUUUAUUUCACAAAAUAUAAAGCUCUAAAUACCAAAA